GGGCAGGCAGGUCGUGACAUUAUUAUUGCGACUGGCGCUCCAAAGGUAAAUGCAGUUUUGCCGCCGUGUCGGGAAGUGUACGCAUCAUUGUUCGAGUCAAUUUUCGCGAUUCCGGCAGUGCCGCGUAAAUUCUAUAUCGACUGAAAUUGCUAUCGAUACUGGCUAUCGGCCCCAACCGGGAAUGUUACAUAUUUCAUGCGAUAAAAAUAUGAUAGUCAUAUGUGUGUAAUCAAAAGUGUUGUCCGGAAAUGAACAAGUGAACUUAAACAAAAGCGCCUGCUCAGUUUAAUUUGUGUUCUUGCAAUCGAGACUCAGUAGGCCCCAUGGCGCCGUCGACAAUAGAUUUCUGAUCACCGCAGGACGCGACUUCCACCGUCACCACCGUCACCAUCUGCACAUAUUCACAUUUAAAGCUUGGUCCACCCUGCAAGGGUUCGCGCAGCGUGAACUCGGCAGAGAGCUGCCAAAUCUCCUGGAUAAAGCUUGUACAUACAAAGUCAAAUUCGAUCGCGAUUAGCACUGUACCGAUUUAGAAAUUGAAAUCGAUAUCGUCGAUCACAGUUGCAACGGCGGAAGACGGUCCAUUAGGAACGGAUCCACAUUCCUAUACGCAUCUAUGUUUACGCUGCAACCAACUCCGACGGCCAUAGGCUCCGUGGUGCCCCCCUGGUCGGCGGGAACGUUGAUAGAGCGCCUACCGUCAUUAGAGGACAUGGCUCACAAGGACAACGUGCUUGCAAUGAGAAAUUUACCCUGUUUGGGUACCGCUGGUGGUAGCGGACUAGGCGGUAUUACCGGAAAGCCUUCCCCUACAAUGGAAGGCGUGGAGACCGGGACGGCGUCGCAGCCCCAUUCGACAUCGUCGUACUUUGCCACGACUUACUACCAUUUAACCGAUGAUGAAUGUCACAGUGGAGUAAAUCAGUUGGGCGGCGUUUUCGUUGGUGGGAGACCCUUGCCAGAUUCAACACGACAGAAAAUUGUCGAACUGGCCCAUUCUGGAGCACGACCGUGUGAUAUUUCUCGGAUUCUACAAGUAUCCAAUGGAUGCGUGAGCAAAAUUCUCGGCAGGUACUAUGAAACUGGAAGUAUAAGACCUCGUGCUAUUGGUGGAUCCAAGCCUCGUGUGGCUACAGCUGAAGUGGUUAGCAAAAUUUCGCAAUAUAAACGCGAGUGCCCGAGCAUAUUUGCAUGGGAAAUCCGAGACAGAUUACUUCAGGAGAACGUUUGUACCAACGAUAAUAUUCCAAGUGUGUCAUCCAUAAACCGAGUGCUGCGAAACCUGGCGGCCCAAAAGGAGCAGCAGAGCUCGGGAACGAGUGGCUCUGCUGCGGGCACCGGCGCGGGCAACCCGCCCAGCGCCAAGGGCAACACCAGUGGCAGCAUCAGCAGCGCCUCCAACGGAUCGAGGCCCGCCCACACACUGAGCUCCUCCACCGACCUCAUGCAGACGGCCACGCCCCUGAACUCCUCGGAAAGCGGCGGGGCGAGCAACUCCGGCGAGGGCAGUGAGCAGGAGUCGAUCUACGAGAGGCUCCGGCUCCUCAACACACAGCACGCCGCCGGUCCGAUGGACCAAGCCACAGCUGCCCCGCUAGUGGGCCAGGCACCCAGCCACUUUGGGCCCCACUCCGGCCACCCACUCAACCAGCUGGUGCACGGCAACCAGCAGGUGCUCCAGCAGCAGCAGCAGAGCUGGCCGCCGCGCCACUACGCUUCCGGAGCCUGGUACUCCACCUCACUGGGGGGCAGUGAAAUGCCCAUCUCGUCGGCUUCCAGCAUCGCCUCGGUGGCGUAUGCCGCAGGUCCUUCGCUCGCGCAGCCUUUGAGUCCGCCGGACGACAUCGCCGGCCUGGGCAGUGGCAACCACCUGAGAAAUUGCCCCGGGACCACGGAGGACAUUCAUUUAAAAAAGGAACUCGAUGGCCAUCAGUCCGAUGAAACGGGCUCCGGUGAAGGUGAAAAUUCCAAUGGUGGCGCUUCCAAUUUGGGUAACAAUGAGGAUGAUCAAGCUCGGCUAAUACUUAAAAGAAAGCUGCAGCGUAAUCGAACAUCUUUUACAAACGAUCAGAUAGACAGCUUAGAAAAAGAGUUUGAACGAACUCACUAUCCAGAUGUUUUUGCCCGCGAACGCUUGGCUGGAAAGAUUGGUUUACCGGAGGCUAGGAUCCAGGUUUGGUUCUCGAACCGGCGGGCAAAAUGGCGCCGUGAGGAAAAACUUCGAAACCAGCGAAGAACACCAAAUUCCACUGGAGCUAGUGGAACCUCGUCCUCAACGUCAGCAACUGCUUCCUUGACAGAUAGUCCCAACAGCCUGAGUGCUUGUUCCUCUUUGCUGUCCGGAUCGACUGCCGGUCCCUCUGUCAAUUCCAUUAAUGGCCUAUCCUCGCCAAACACAUUGUCCACCAGUGCUAGUGCUCCUGCGGUUGGUGCUGGAAUUGAGAGCACCGGCAGCCCAACGCCAGCCCUGCAUGUUCGAUCCGGGUGCGUCUCUGACAUAGCUGCUGGACGGCACGGCGAGGACUGCAGAAGAGCCUGCUCACCUUGUCCACUGGGGAUUGCCGGUCACCAAAGCACGCAUCACCACCAGAGCAAUGGACAUACCCAUGCCCACGCACAUGCACUUGUUCCUGCUAUUUCGCCACGACUUAACUUCAAUAGUGGUGGCUUCGGUGCGAUGUACUCGAACAUGCACCACACGGCCUUAUCGAUGAGCGAUACCUAUGGAACGGUUACUCCAAUUCCGAGCUUCAACCACUCGUCCGUCGGUUCCUUGGCCCCGCCAUCUCCCAUGUCGCAACAGGGCGAUCUCACGCCACCCUCCCUGUACCCGUGCCACAUGAACCUACGGCCGCCGCCAAUCGCACCCCCGCACCACCACCUCGUGGCGGGUGACGGUGGCAGCCCGGCGGGAGGACUGGGUAAUGCCCAAUCGGCGAGCCUAGGAACGAGCUGCAGUGGAUCCGGUUACGAGGUGCUCUCCGCCUACGCGCUCCCACCGCCGCCGUUGCCGUCAAGCAGUGCACCGGCACUCAACUUCUCAGCUGCCGCCAGCAGCAGCGCCAAUGUGGCUGCCCACCACACCAUGCCCCAGGAACCGUGCCCCUCGCCCUGCAGCUCCAACUCGAACCACUUGGGAGUUGGCCCCGGCUCUGUGUUCGCGACCGACCCGGCUUCGUCGGCCGUCCCUUCAUAUGCACACAUGAGCUACAACUACGCGACGGCCGCCAACAAUGUGACUCCCUCUUCCGCCGUCAGCUCCGCAGCGCACGUGGCUCCAGGAAAGCAACAGUUCUUCGCCUCGUGCUUCUACUCACCUUGGGUCUAGGCAAAAUAAGGUGGUUCAGAAGGAAAUGCGCUGCACAACGGACUAUUAACAUAAUUGUAAUACGCCCUCCACUAAAGAGGUCGUAAUAAAUCGAAUUUACAUAUCUCUUACAAAAUAUAGAGGUUGUAGAAAAAUGCAUAUGUAUGUAUAAAUUAUAUAGUUCCGCCCAUUAAAUCCAAUCUAUAGUGUAGAAUAAUUGGUGUAAAUUAAAUAAUUUAAUUUUGACAAAUGGAGACAAUCUUAUCAUGUUUCACUAUUGCACUCAAAGGGAAUUUAUUUAUUAUUCAAUUAUUUUAGUUUUUAUUUUGUAAAAGCUUGCAAUGGCUUCAAAUUAAAAAAAAAGUAAUAAAAACCAAAAAAUAUAAAAAAAUAUUUUCAGUAAAAUAAUAACAGGAAGGGAAGAAAAGGAGUCCG